CUGCGACUAAUCUGACUCCUCCAGCUAGCGGAGCUAGCUAGCAGCAGCCGCUGGCCUCCGUCUGUUUUUAGCUUCUUUUUGUUUUUAAUCUCCUCCUCCUCCGGGCUGGAGGAGAUGUCCUUCACCAUGGAGGAGACCCUGGAGUCCGGCUGGGUCUCGGUCCGGCCCCGGGUCUUCGAUGAGAAGGAGAGGCAUAAGUUCGUCUUCAUCGUGGCCUGGAACGACGUGGAGGGGAAGUUGGCCAUCACCUGCCACGACCGGACCGUGCAGAGGCGGACUGCUGCUCUGCUGGACCCGCUGCUCGACGCGGUCCCGGGUCCUCCUCCCGGUGCCUCCUCCGCGGCGGAAAAAGGCACAAAAAGUCCCGUGACGGCGAAGAAAGACGGUAAAGUUCGACCCCACUCGGUCCCGAAGGGGAAAGCCAUAACAAAGACCAGUACCGGGGAGAAGAAACUCUCCAGCUCCAAGACCUCGGACUGUGUGAGCACCACGCUGGGCUCCUGGGACCUUGUGACCCCCAAGGUGGUCGACAUGGAGAUCCUGGACCCGGUGGAUGAUGCAGACCCGGGAGACGGGGACAGCUCGGGCCGGGAGGACUUCAGCUGGGCCGGGCUGUUCUCCUUCCAGGACCUGCGGGCGGCCCACCUCCAGCUGUGCGCCGUGAACUCGGCCCUGGAGCCGUGCCUGCCCCGCUUCCCGGAGGAGCAGUCCGGCGUGUGGUCGGUGCUGUUCGGGGCUCCGGGGGUCCGGGUGUCCCAGCGGGAGACGGACGCGCUGUGCUACCAGCUGCAGGUGUACCUGGGCCAUGCCCUGGACACCUGCGGCUGGAGGAUCCUCUCCCAGGUGCUCUUCUCCGGGAGCGACGACGCGGAGGAGUACUACGAGAGCCUGAGCGAGCUGCGGCAGAAAGGCUACGAGGAGGCUCUGGAGAGGAGCAGGAGGCGCAUGCAGGAGGUGUUGGACAAACACAAAGCCAUGGACAGCAUGGUGGAGUUGCUGCAGGUGUACCCGGAGGAGGACGAGGCGUACGGAGAGCUGCUGGAGGCCACCACGCAGCUCUACCACUACCUGCUGCAGCCCUUCAGGGACAUGAGGGAGCUGGCCAUGCUGCGCAGACAGCAGAUUAAGAUCUGCCUGGAGACGGAGCGUCUGGGUCCCCGGAGGGUGGAGGGCCUGAGGAAGGAGGACGAGGAGUGGCAGAAGAAGGCUCACGCUGCCGUUCUCUCCAUUCAGGACCUGACCGUCAAGUUCUUUGAAACCACGACUCGAGCACAGAAAGCGUUGUACGAGCGAAUGCGAGCCGACCAGAGGAAGUUCGGUAAGGCGGCGUGGACGGCAGCGGUGGAGCGCAUGGAGCGGCUGCAGUACGCCGUCUCUAAAGAAACGCUGCAGCUGAUGAGAGCCAAAGAGAUCUGCCUGGAACAGAGGAAACACGGCCUGAAGGAGGAGAUGCAGAGUCUGCAGGGCGGGGAGGACGCCAUGCUGCGUCUGGACCAGCUGGAGGCGCUCUACUAUGAGUUCCAGCUGCAGCUGUAUGAUGUCGGGGCGGAGGUGCUGCGCUGUGAGGAGCUGCUGCUGACUGCGCAGCUGCAGAGUCUGCGCAGGCAGAUGACAGAGCGGCAGGAUGAGGUGGUGUACUACGAUGCCUUUGAGAGUCCUGAUGCCAUGAAGGGGGAGGAGGACCCCGCUGCUCCUCCCUCCCCCCUCAGAGAGGAGGAGCUGCUCCUCCUGCAGCAGAGGACCCGGCAGCUGGAGGCCCGCAGGGGGCGCAUCACCUCCAAGAAGGUCUACCUCAAGAACAAGAAGGAAAUCUGUAUUGUUAAUCACAACCACAAGAUACAACAGAGAGAAGGUUGCCAUGGUGAUUCCCUGCAGACACUACAGCAGGGAGGAGGAGCUGAGGAGGAGGAUGGGAGGAGCAGCAUCAGAGUGAGUGAGGAGAGACGGAGAACUCUGGACCGACUCCGCAGCCUCAAACAGCGCUACCCGGGCCAGGUGACGGUGAGAACCAGCCGGCUGCGGCAGCCUCCCAGCAGGAGGAGAAACGCUCAGCUGGCCUCCACCAGCGUCCAGACUGACUCCUCCCCCUGCUCCUCCUCCUCAGACCUCCCUCAGCUGUCUGCUCCUCCUCCUCCUGACUCCUGCAGCUGUGACAGCCUCUCUUUACCCACAGUUCAGACUCUGGACUCCUCGCCUCCUUUCCUCUCGCUGCCUCCUCUCUCAGCUCCUCCAUCUAUCCUGUCACUGGGUCCUCCUCCUCCUCCUCCUCCUCCUCCUCCUCCCCCUCCUCCUCCUCCACCACUCCCUCCCUCAGAGGAGCAGCAGGAGCAGCAGGGGGGGAGGAUGGAGGAGAACCCCAGCCCGGAGCGGCAGCAGCAGUCUGACUCCUCGUCUCCUCCUCUCGCUCCCUUCUCUCCUCGCUUCUUCGACAGCAGCCAGCUGCAGACGGCCAGGAAGAAGCUGAAGAAGACCUCCUCGCUGGACUCCUCGCAGUGGAGGAGAGCCGGCUCCCCGAUGGACGAGGUUCUGGCGUCUCUGAAGCGCGGCUGCUUCCACCUGAGGAAGGCGGAGCUUCGGGUCCUGGCGCCGGACCCCGACGACGACAGCGACAACAUCCUGGCUCAGAUCCGGCAGGGCGUCCGGCUGAAGAAGGUCCGGACCCGGCCGGAGCAGCAGCGCCACGCCAAGACCUUCCCCCACUCCGCCGACGCCCUGACCCGCAGCAUCCACGAGGCUCUGAGGAGGAUCAAGGAGGCGUCGCCAGAGUCCGAGUCCGAGGACGAAGGUCUGCCCUGCACCGACUGGGAGAACUAGAGAACUAAGGAUGGAAGAAGGUUUUUUAUGGAUUUAUGGAGCCAAACGGAGAGAAAGAAGCAGAGCGGCCCGGUUCAACCAGCUGGAGCUCAAUCUGAACAAAAACCUGAUUUACUUUGUUUUUUAUAUCAGAAAACCGCUCAGAAGUAUGUUGUUUUUUUAUUCAUACUUCUGUGUUUGUAAAGAUGGACCACUAAUCUUUUUUAUGUUGUUGCCGUGGCAACCGAGGAAACAACCUGUAACCUCUCAUUAUGUCAGUCUACAUGUCAGAGUCGUACUGUAGCUUGCUGUGAUGGGUUUGUUUUAGGACGUGAGUGUUUCUGAUUCUUUUCUCUCUCUCAUGGUAAUAACACCUCACUGAAUAAUG